AAUAGAGGAGAAGACAGAGGAAGAGGGAGAGACAGGAGGAAAGAGUCCCCUCAAACAGACUGCUGCGGAUUCAGAUAGGAAAUCUCAAGCUGAGGACUGGGAAACGAUUGGGAUGUCGGAGAACGAGAGGGAUCAUUACCAGAACGCUCCUGAAAAUGAUGUGUCCUGUAUGGAUCAUGAGAAAAAUAUUCAUAAUAGCAGGCUAGAGUUUGCCCAGAGCGAUGAAUCUGGAAUAUUCCAGAAUGAGUGCAGAGAGACAAAUGAAGGGGGCUUCAGCAAUUUAACAAAGCAGUCAAAUUAUUCCCAGUCCAAGGGUAGCGUUGAAUUCAUUGCUAAGAUGUUUUCCAACUUGGAGGAUGAGCCUGGGCACUCAUAUGGGGACACAGCUCAGGUAGACAAGCACCACAUAGACGGCAUUGUCUCUCACAUACAGAUAACCGAUUGCAAACAUCCGGAUUCUACAAAGGAGUACUCGCAUCCCAAGAACAUCACAGAGACAAAUACUUUGGAUGAGAGUAGCUCUGGCAGUCAGUCAAAGGAUAGUAUGUCAACAUCCGACGAUCAAGAAAGUGCAAGAAUUACUCAAUCAGAUAUUGAUUCUCCUGCACAUAAUUCCCCCUGUUCUGGGAACAGCAGUGAGGAAUCCAUGACGGCAUCUCAUUUUGACAAGCAUGAAUCUCGCCUGUCACGGUACUAUGGCAUUCAAACCAGCAGCACCCCAAUUGAAGAUGACUCCUCCACACCAUUGGAUGCCAGCGAAGAGAAGUGUGAAGAGGAUACGAUCAGCCCUCGAGCGGGUACCUUUUGGCCCGAGGGGGGUGAGGAAGAAGCGGAGGACCAUGAAGAGAGCCCUGGGCUGGAGCUCCAGAACACAGAUGCCAACGAGCUUGGCCUGAGGAACCUGUGCUAUUCAGCCAACGGGGAGGGCUCUAUGGAUGGAGCCAAGACAGAGACAGAGAACCAGCUGGCUGCCGGGGAGCUGAGUAAUGCCAAGAGGGAGAAGUCCCCCCAGAGGGCCGAAGUAAAGCAAGAUCAGAAAGCAGUUGUUCCUGUUAAAGAUAUGACUAAAGAGUCCCCCGAGGGCCUGGAGCAGAAGAGGAAAGAGCUGUGGAACACCCUAGACGAGGAGGAGGGCAGGACAGGCAGAGCGGUUAUCACCGGAGAGCUCGACUGUCACCGCUUCACUCAAAGCGACCUGCACCUGUGGCCCGCAGAGAACGACCAAUGGGCAUCUCCGGAAAAUAGGAGACAGGAUGUGGAGCUGAGGUCAGAGUUCCUCUCUGGGUUUGGUGGGAAGGCCUGGGAGGUUGGAGAGAGGCUCGUGGUUGGAAGAGAGUUCUGGGAGGCCGAGGAGAAUGAUGAACUGGCUGGCAGUGAACCUCAUCCAGCUGCCCUGGAGGGGAUUGAGGUACCCUGUAAUGUGGAGAGACAGGGGCUGAUCGACAACCUUGAACCUCAUGAUUCAAUAGUCAGCGACUGUCAUCAGGAUUUGGACAUACAGCAAAAUGAAAAUAUUGAAAGUCUAGAAGAAAUUGAUGAUUCCAGCAUAGAUGCAAUCACAGUGAUCGAAGUGGAGAAUCUGGAAAUCCCAGAGCAAGAGAUAUUGGAAGAUACUCUUAACGAAACCACGCCAGCAGUAGAUACGGUGAAGAACAGUGAGGGGCAGUUAGCGUUUUCAGAAGAAGAGAAUCAGAAUUUUAACAGGUGGCUUUCAAAUCAACCGUCAGAUGAAGUUAUUGAAAAAGACGCAUGCUCUUAUUCAGAGAACCAUUCCACUGACACAUUGGAGACCGUUGUUACUUCUAUUUUUGUUUCUGAGGCUCCACCUAUUGUCAUUUCAAGUCUAGAAGAUGUUAUACCAGAAAUCAACACUAAAAGUGCCCUCAGUCCAGAGCUUGAAGACUUUGACAUUGAAAAGAAAAUAAUAACGUUAGAUGGUGGGAAAGAUUCAAAUGGUGCAUCCUUUGAACAAGAGCCUUUGCCCACGACCAGUGCUGUUAAUUUGCCUGUGCAGGCGGUCACAGAGACUACUUAUUCCCAGGUGGACAAUUUCAGUUCUUUGGAUUUCCCUAGUCCUCCACACAGCAUAGAUCUGGAUGUGCAAGAUGACAAAUUAGAGAGUUUAGAUGACUCAUUUCCUAGUCCGCCACCGUCUCUCAUCGAGGGAGAAGAGCUGAUUAGUCACAUGAAUCUGGAGGACUUUAUUGCAAGCACGGAGACAAAGAAAUGCAAUGCCCUGUCCUGCAUUGCAGGUGACUCUUCGAUAGAGCCUCCAGCUGAUACACCUGCUCCAACGCAAAGCAAAGGCAUCUCGGCCAACCUAAAUCUCUCACCUGUAAUUAUUACAAUACAAAAUGAAAGUGGAGUCACAACUGAUUUAGGGGAGCACGAUGAAGAUAAUAACCAAUUGCAGAAGACAUUGACCUCCUCCAUGUCUCAACAACAACAACGAUAUCUGCAACAACAACCACCACAUUCCCUGAACUCCCUCCCAGAGCUGCUCAUCUCUGAGUGGAGGGAUUUGGAUGAGGAGCCUCUGGAGGACUUUGAGAAGCUGGAGCAACUGUGCCGCAUAUCUGGGGACGAGGAAGACUUCCUGGGGAACCUGAAGCUCCUGGAGUCUCUGAAGAUAAACCCUGAGCAGGAGGUCGUCGGUGCUGAGGGCCACCACGAUGAGGAGACCAGGACCCACGGGGCCACAGAGGAGCUGGACUCAGAGAGAGCGGCGGAGCCUGCAGCGUGUGUGGACCAGGAUGGUCAGGCCAAGCUGACCCCUCAGGAGGAGCGGUCUGACACACACAGCCCAGAGCCAGGCCUGUCCUCAGGUCACCCACCUGAUGUCAAGGACCAGGGUUCUCUCUCCAAGAUGCCCACCAAGAACGGCCUCAUGAUGCAGGUAUGCGAGGAAAGGUUACAGUUCUCCUUGAGUGAGAAUGUCCAAACCAAUGUGCUGUGGGGUUCCACUAUGGAAGAGACUGUGACACUGCGACCAUGGGGGGCCCAAAGCAAAGAUGGCACUGUGGAUUCAGUCAAAAUGGAAGACAAAAAUGCAGAGCAUAGCCAAGAGGAGCAGGCGGUGGCCCCGGGUCCCAGCAGCGACUCUGCGCUGACAGCUGAUUCGCUGCCUGUGAUUGAACAGCACAAGGCUACAUCCGUACCAGCUCUAGGAAACCAGGCGAUGAAAGCCAAGCUCGCUCGCCUCUCUCUUGCUCUCCCACCCCUGACUCUUACCCUUCCCUCUGGGAAAGGCGGAUUUGGGGAGGGGGGCCUCAGUAGUCGGCUGGGGCGGGGGAGGAGGGGACUCUCCCCAGGGAGCGACCCAGAAGAGGAGGAGGAGGAGCAGGAGGAUGAAAGCUCUAGAAGGGUGAUCGUCAUCACGGAGACAGACGUGGACAAACGUGUGGGCCUGAGGAGUCUGCUGAAGUCCCCCAAGGAGCCCAUGGAAAAGGAGAAAUACAGAGGGAGGAACGUCUCCUUUUUCGAUGAUGUCACGGUCUAUCUGUUUGAUCAGGAAACUCCAACGAAUGAGUUGAGCAGCUCCACUCCCAGUCCAACUCCAGCUUCUGGUAAAAGCACCAAGUUUGAUCUACAUGGGUCCAGCGCCAGAAGCAAAGAAUCCAAAAGAAAAGACGAGCUGCCAGUCAAAGCGAGGUCGCCGGUAGGGGCAAACCCAGUGAUGGCGUCUCGCUUUACAGUCAGCCCCGCCAACGACCCCCACAUGGUGGGAUAACCAUCAGAGCUGACCCCCCCCCCUCCUGAGACUGGCCAGCCAAACGUCCCAACCCCCCAGCCAUUUUCUCAGAGGCUAUUUUUUUAUUGAAUAGGCAAUGGAAGAAAAAAAAUAUAGACUCCCGUUCUAGACGCUGACCACAUUCUAGAUUUUACCAGCUGCAGGAUUUUGUAUGACUAGGGUCGGUGAGCUCCUCCCUGCCACUGUUUUCUGGAGUUUAGUCCUAGUCUUUGGCUGAUGAAGGUCUGAUAAGAGGCGAAGGCAUAAGUCCUGGAAGAAGGGGAGCCUGGAGCUUUGUAAAAUCUCUAAACAGAUUUGACGGCUAUGCAAUGGGAGUCUUACUGUGUACCAGCUUACCUGCUCCUUUUCUGCUUCAUUUCGCUGUAUUUUACCCCCCAGAUGUGCAGGUUAAGCACUUUCUUGAGUCAUCUUAUCUGUCUAUUUAAAUGCUUGGACUCAAUUUUUCUCUUUAUAAAAAAAUAAGAUUUUUAAUUGCAGUCAGUCAGUUAUUCUUGUAGCCAGCA